AUGCCUGGACCAAUCCGAACAGCAUUGAAAGUCGACCUUGAUAAGCCAGCAGCCGAUCAACCACAACUUCAUAAUAGAUGGCAUCCCGACGUACCAUUCUGCGGAACCAUCAAGAACGGGGAGACUGUCAAGAUUGAGUGUCUUGAUUGGACAGGAGGGCAAAUCAAGAACGACGAUAGUGCCGACGAUGUCAAGAACGUGGACUUGACCAAAAUUCACUAUCUCUCAGGUCCUUUCGAGAUCGAGACAGCUGAGCCGGGUGACGUUCUCCUCGUCGAAAUCCAGGACGUCCAACCUUUUCAAGAUCAUCCCUGGGGCUUCACGGGCAUCUUCUCCAAGGAGAACGGAGGCGGCUUUUUGGAUGAGAUCUACCCUGAACCAGCCAAAGCAAUCUGGGAUUUCGAAGGCAUCUUCUGUUCUUCACGCCACAUCCCGGGCGUCCGUUUCGCCGGCCUCAUCCACCCAGGAAUAUUGGGAUGCGCGCCAUCGCCAGAAAUCCUCGCGGAGUGGAACAAGCGAGAAGCGGAAUUGAUUUCGACCACCUCGCUCUCCCGCGUGGUCGCCCAGCCCCCACAGCCACAGAACGUCCACGCCGGAUCCGCCGACGAGGAAGUCAAAACCAAAGUCGGGAAAGAGGGCGCCAGGACGAUCCCAGGUCGUCCGGAACACGGCGGGAACUGUGACAUCAAGAACCUGUCCCGCGGCAGCAAAGUCUACCUACCCGUCCACGUCAAGGGCGCGAAAUUCUCCGUCGGCGACUUGCAUUUCUCUCAGGGCGACGGCGAAAUCUCCUUCUGCGGCGCGAUCGAGAUCGCGGGCGUCAUCACCAUCAAAUUCCAGGUGAUCAAGGACGGACAGGCGAAGCUGGGGAUGGUCGGCGGCAAAUCGCCCAUCUACAUCCCGGGCCCCGUGCAGCCGCAGUUCAGCCCGGGCCGCAUGAUCUACUUCGAGGGCUUCAGCGUCGACGAGCACGGCAAGCAGCACUACAUGGACGCCACCGUCGCGUACCGCCAGACCUGUCUGCGCGUCAUCGAGUACCUCAAGCGCUUCGGCUAUAGUGACUACCAGGUCUAUCUGAUGUUGAGUUGUAUUCCGAUCGAGGGGCACAUUGCGGGGAUUGUGGACAUCCCUAAUGCUUGCACCACGAUCGGCCUUCCAAUGGAUAUUUUCGACUUCGAUAUCUCGCCCUCUGCUGAGCCAAAGAAACUUGACUUGGGAUCGUGCGCAUAUGCCAGCAAAUGA